ACAAAAAUGUCUGCGUGCUCUUCGGUGGGCUAACUAAACCCCAAGCUUUAAAUGUAUUUCCAUCGUUCUACAAUUAUAUAUGUAUAAAAAAAAAUAUGAGCAUUUUUCGUCAAAACAUUUCCGAAGUGUGGAGCUAAUCAACAUAUUUUGAAACAACCCAUUUAGCGGAUUAUUCAUACAUAUCAUCAUGGAGCCAACGGCCUCUGGGAUAUUUUGCAACAGGAUGCUUAGCAUGGUGAACUCUGAGGAUGUGAACGCGAUCAUUCAAGCUCAGAGACACAUGUUGGACCGGUUUGAGAAGACCAAUGAGAUGCUGAUCAACUUUAACGGGCUGUCCAAUGUGCGCUUACAACAGAUGAAUGAACACUUUCUAACGCACACACGUACAUUAAUUGAGAUGAAGAAAGACUUGGACAGCAUCUUUAGACGAAUAAGGACUUUAAAAGGAAAGAUUGCAAAACAAUAUCCAGAAGCCUUUAGCAACAUCAAUGAGUGUUCCAACUUGGAGGGUGAUGAUGAUGAGUUUGACUCCAUCCCUCCCAGUGUGGCUACCACCGCAACAUCAGAACGGAGCACUGAGUCAUGUGAUACAAGCCCUGAUUUAAUAUCUCCCACCAUUAGCUGCUGCUCUGAAGACCCCUCUCAGGAGAACAUCGGCACACCAACCUCCGACAGUCCAGAACAGGCUGUAUUACAGGACGAGGGUCCAGAUUCAGCACCGCUCUAGAUUUGUGUUUCUGAUACCACGUGUUUACUCCAUCCAGAUGCCUCUUAAAAGUGGGAUGAAGUUUUCAGAGCCAUAGGCUUGUAGGCAGUGCUCUGACAUAUGGAGCUGUAGCAUCCCGGUUGACCGGAGUUUAAGUCCUGGCUCAAAGUCCUCUGCUAAUCUUGAUUCAUCUUUUCUCCUCAGUCAUAUCCUGUCUCUCUCUCCCGUUUACAAUCUAAUAAAUGCAGGAAAAGACAAAAAUAUUACUUAGAAAAAAAGUGUGAUUAUGUGCACGUCAUUAUGUUUAGGUACCAAUUUGGUACUGUUGUUAAAUGUUAUGACAAUUUUAUGUUUUACAGCUUUUAAUGUAUUUAAAUUACUGUGUACUGACAAGUACAUCUGCAGAUCUAAAAAAAAUCUAAAGAUUGAUAUUCAACACAAACUUCUUCAGUGAUACAUUUAAACACAGGCAGGUUUACCUGAGUAGUGGUGUAGUAUAAUAUUUACUGUUCUUGACAGUAUUGGCAUUGUGAAGCAUGGUGACUUAAGAGAAAUAUGCCAACAAUGAAAUAAAGGCUUUGUC